AUGUUCGAGGAUAUUUUUGUGCAGUUUGGCCCUGGCUACAGCAGCGUUGAGCUUAACAAUGCUCCCCUCAUUAUCAGCAGUCAUGAGCCGUUAGGAAUAAAAUCUGCCGUGCACAAUCUGGCACUCGACUUUGGACGUGUUCUGACAAAACGCCUAAAGCAGACGGUCGUGGAAGCAGAUACCGAUUUGCCAAAAUUAGAAGUCGACACAGCUAUCAUCAUCGGCUGCCUCGAGUCCAGUCAUCUGGUCCAAGAUAUGGUUAGCAAGGGCAAGCUUGAUGUCGAAAGCAUAUCCGGGAGAUGGGAGUCAUUCUGUACCAGCGUCGUUGCCAAGCCUUUUGAGGGCAUCGCAAAAGCCCUUGUCAUUGUUGGAAGCGACAAGCGUGGAACGAUCUAUGGAGCCUACACCCUAUCUGAGCAGAUUGGCGUAUCACCUUGGUAUUGGUGGGCAGACGUGCCGCCUAAGCAGCACUCGGCGAUAUAUGCAAUUGACAAAUCUACGUGCCAUGGAGAGCCAAGCAUCAAAUACAGAGGCAUAUUCUUGAACGACGAGGCUCCUGUUCUCACGGGUUGGGUGUUGGAGAAGUUUGGAAAGUACAAUUCUCAGUUCUACGAGAAAGUAUUUGAGCUUAUCCUCAGACUGAAGGCCAACUUCCUCUGGCCCGCAAUGUGGCCCGGCUACCCCAAUCCAGGUGCAUCAUUCUUCACCGACGAUUCGAGAAACCAGGCAUUGGCGGACGAGCUUGGCAUAGUCAUUUCGACAUCUCACCAUGAACCAAUGCAACGACUAUCCAACGAAUGGUUCGCCGAGAACCCAGAUGGUAGCUGGAAUUGGCUGACAAACAAAGAUCGUAUCACUGACUUCUUCCGAGAAGGAGUUCAAAGAGCAGCGGGAAAAGAGUCCUACUUCACUCUAGGCAUGCGAGGUGAACUAUGUACGAAAGUGAAACGACAGCAUUCGAACCCAAUUGCCGGGAAUAUGGGAGUUGCUGUAGAAGGGCAUGAGGGUGUGAGACCUGGUCGGUGUAAUGAGGAGUCUGACCGCACUCAUCCGAGCAGAAGAGAUCUUGUUCCUGGUGUCACAUUUCAGGCGCUGAGUCGAUACUCUACCAAGAACAGGUGGUUCGAGAUCUAUACGCGUGGACCGCGAACUAUACAUUGGUAUGUGACGACACCAAAGGAGUGGCUGAAGUUUUCGAACGGCGACGGUAUGCUUGGACCUGACGAUGAUGAUGUGAGAAUCGAGAUCAACGUUGAUUGGGAUCUGGUACCUGACACGUUCGAAGAGGAGAUCUUGAUCGAUGUCAAGUCGAAGGAAGGAGACUUUGAGCAGCUUCACCUACCCAUCACCGCCCGAAAAGUGCCUAAAACCAUCACACCAGGCUUUAUUGAGGCGGAUGGUUACGUCUCGAUACCAGCUACCGCGUCGCAAAUACAUCCGCCAUAUCGCGUUCUGCUCGACACUGGAAGACUCCCGACUGGUUCCAUCAGUCUCGAUACUUCAACACACAUUCAAGGCGAUGACCUACCCUUCCUGACUUACACCUUCUACAACUUCACUGUCGUGAAGGAAGCGACCUUGAUCAUUUACUUCGGCACGACUUUGAUCCUCUCGCCUGACGAGACUCUGCAGUAUGAUUUACAAGUCGAUGAUGGACCAGUCGCGACCCACGAUCUGUACUCCGUUAGUGCUGAAGCGAUACAAAAGUCCAAAGAUGAAGGCUGGCCGGCUGCUGAUGGAUGGUUUGAAGCUGCAGGAGAUAAUGUUUGGGUCAACCGACAUAUCAUCUCGGGAGAAGUCCUUACGCCAGGCCGGCACGAUUUGAGGUUCAGAUUACGCCAUAGCAAUAUGCUGCUUGAGAAAUUGGUUUUGGAUCUGGGCGGAGUAGGCGAAAGCUAUCUUGGGCCGCUGGCCAGUCUUUUUCUAGCACAACAGUGA